AUGGCGGCGGACAGCGACCUCGGUGCUGAGGCGCUGCCCAACGAGGUCAUGACGGAGAUCCUCGCCCGGCUACCGGCCAAGUCCGUGGGGCGCUUCCGCUGCGUCUCCCGCGGGUGGUCCGCCAUGCUCUCCUCCGACUACUUCAUCGACCUCCACCGCCAGCGAGCCAAUAGACCGGACCACCUUAGGCUGCUCCUCACCGCGAACGGGUCCUCCUACGAUGGAUACCUGUACUCAAGGCAGCCCAGCGGCGACGGCGCGGUCGAGAAGCUGAUGCGAGACGAUUUCGGGUUACAGUAUAUCGUGACCAAGCCCUGCCGUGGCCUCUGGAACCCAGCUGUCUUCUUAGACGGCUAUCUGCACUUCCUAUGCCUUGAUGGUGGCAUCGUCACUUUCAGCAUCGGCGACGAGACCUUUGGUUCGCUGCUGCCACCCCCAGAUUUCGGCAAUGUGGCCACGGCCGUGCUGACGGAGCUGGACGGGCGUUUGUGUGAAGCCCAGUGGGAGAAGCUUUGCUGUAUUGAUCGGACGGCUUGGCCGGAAUCCGAGCGCAUGCUUCUCAAGUCACUCUGGAUUGCCCCAGUAGGUGUAUAUUACUCUGCUGAUGGUGCUCUGAAGAUCAUGUUUGGGACAGGCUCUUGCAAGGUGUUUGCAGUGGACUCCAAUGGCGGCGGCGGCCCAGAGAUUCUACUCACGCCGGAGGAUACCAUCAUUGGCAGCUGCGAGGAUGACUAUUUGCCGACGAUUGGUCUAUACACUACAAAAAAUCGGGGCUUGUAUGACAAACCGGAACUGUCAUGGAAAGUACAGAAAUUGUCAUAA